UUGCCGCCGCCGCGGAGCCGGAGGACCAAAGUUUGGCGGGGUGCUGCGAGCGGGCCCGGGGCGCACCUUCCCGCGCGCUCCUGGCUGCCCGGCGCUUGGAGCCUGUCGGCGGGGACUGGCGGGACGCAGCAUGGCCCGCGAGUCGGAGGAAACGGAACCAGCGGCGCCGGCCGCCCUGUCCCGCCGCAGUCCCGGCUGCCCUGGCUGGCCCCGGGCUCCGCGGCCGCCGCUCGGGCUGCUCUGCCUGGUGGCGUGUUGGCUCCUGGGCGCUGUGGCCCACGCCGACUUCUCCAUCCUGGACGAGGCGCAAGUGCUGGCGAGCCAGAUGAAGAGGCUGGCGGCCGAGGAGCUGGGGGUCGUGACUAUGCAGCGGAUAUUCAACUCCUUGGUAUACACGGAGAAAAUCUCGAAUGGAGAAGGAGAAGUUCAGCAGCUAGCCAAGAAAAUCCGUGAGAAGUUCAACCGUUACCUGGAUGUGGUCAAUCGGAACAAGCAAGUUGUAGAAGCAUCCUAUACAGCUCACCUGACAUCCCCGCUGACUGCCAUUCAGGACUGCUGCACUAUCCCACCGUCCAUGAUGGAGUUUGAUGGGAACUUUAACACCAAUGUAUCUAGAACCAUUAGUUGUGACCGACUUUCUGCCACUGUGAAUAGCCGAGCCUUCAACCCAGGACGAGACUUAAAUUCAGUUCUUGCAGACAACCUGAAAUCCAACCCUGGAAUCAAGUGGCAGUAUUUCAGCUCAGAAGAAGGAAUUUUCACUGUGUUUCCAGCACACAAGUUCCGGUGUAAAGGCAGCUAUGAGCAUCGCAGUCGACCCAUCUAUGUCUCUACCGUCCGACCGCAGUCCAAGCACAUAGUUGUGAUCCUGGACCAUGGGGCCUCGGUCACCGACACCCAGCUCCAGAUUGCCAAGGAUGCGGCUCAGGUUAUCCUUAGUGCCAUUGACGAACAUGAUAAGAUUUCUGUGUUGACUGUGGCUGACACCGUCAGGACUUGCUCACUAGACCAGUGCUAUAAGACCUUCCUGUCUCCAGCCACCAGUGAGACAAAAAGGAAGAUGUCCACCUUUGUUGGCAGUAUCAAGCCCUCAGACAGUCCCACCCAGCAUGCAGUAGGGUUUCACAGGGCGUUUCAGCUGAUUCGAAGCACCAGCAAUAACACACGUUUCCAAGCAAAGGCCAGCCAGCUGGAGGAGGAUCCAUUUGCUAAGUCACUCACCUUGUUGGCAGAGUCCUUAGAUACAGACAUGGUCAUCAUUUACCUGUCAGCUGGCAUCACUUCAAAGGACUCUUCAGAGGAAGAUAAAAAGGCAACUCUUCGUGUCAUCAAUGAAGAAAAUAGCUUUCUGAACAACUCUGUGAUGAUUCUUACCUAUGCCCUCAUGAACGAUGGGGUGACUGGUUUGAAGGAGUUGGCUUUCCUUAGGGAUCUGGCUGAACAGAACUCUGCAAAGUAUGGCAUCCCAGACCGGACAUCCUUGCCUGUGAUUAAGGGCAGCAUGAUGGUGCUGAAUCAGCUGAGCAACUUGGAGACCACGGUCGGCAGGUUCUACACUAACCUUCCCAACCGGAUGAUUGAUGAGGCUGUCUUCAGCCUUCCCUUUUCUGAUGAGAUGGGAGAUGGUCUGAUAAUGACUGUGAGUAAACCCUGUUACUUCGGAAACCUUCUCCUGGGAAUUGUAGGUGUGGAUGUGAACCUGGCUUACAUUCUUGAAGACGUGACGUAUUACCAAGACUCUUUGGCUUCCUAUACUUUUCUCAUAGAUGACAAAGGAUACACACUUAUGCAUCCAUCUCUUACCAGGCCAUAUUUACUAUCAGAGCCUCCACUUCAUACUGAUAUUAUACAUUAUGAAAAUAUCCCCAAAUUUGAAUUGGUUCGACAAAAUAUCCUAAGCCUCCCUCUAGGCAGCCAGAUUAUCGCAGUUCCUGUGAACUCAUCUCUGUCUUGGCACAUAAACAAGCUGAGGGAGACUGGAAAGGAAGCCUACAAUGUCAGCUAUGCCUGGAAGAUGAUACAGGACACUUCCUUUAUUCUGUGUAUUGUGGUAAUACAACCGGAAAUACCUGUCAAACAACUGAAAAACCUCAACACUGUGCCCAGCAGCAAGCUGUUGUACCACCGACUGGAUCUCCUGGGCCAGCCUAGCGCUUGCCUCCACUUCAAGCAGCUGGCAACUCUAGAAAGUCCAACCGUCAUGCUGUCUGCUGGCAGCUUUUCCUCCCCCUACGAGCACCUCAGCCAGCCAGAGACCAAGCGCAUGGUGGAGCAUUACACGGCCUAUCUCAGCGACAACACUCGCCUCAUUGCUAACCCAGGGCUCAAAUUCUCUGUCAGAAAUGAAGUAAUGGCGACCAGCCACGUCACAGAUGAAUGGAUGACACAAAUGGAAAUGAGCAGCCUGAACACAUACAUUGUCCGCCGUUACAUAGCAACACCCAAUGGCGUCCUCAGAAUUUAUCCUGGUUCCCUCAUGGACAAAACAUUUGAUCCCACUAGGAGACAGUGGUAUCUCCAUGCGGUGGCUAAUCCAGGGCUCAUUUCUUUGACUGGCCCUUACCUGGAUGUUGGAGGAGCUGGCUAUGUUGUGACUAUCAGUCAUACAAUUCAUUCAUCCAGUACGCAGCUGUCUUCUGGGCACACUGUGGCUGUGAUGGGCAUUGACUUCACACUGAGAUACUUCUACAAGGUUCUGAUGGACCUGUUACCUGUGUGUAACCAAGAUGGUGGCAACAAAAUAAGGUGCUUCAUAAUGGAGGACAGGGGUUAUCUGGUGGCUCAUCCAACCCUCAUUGACCCCAAAGGACAUGCUCCUGUGGAACAGCAGCACAUUACUCACAAGGAACCCCUAGUAGCAAAUGAUAUCCUGAACCACCCCAACUUUGUGAAGAAGAACCUGUGCAACAGCUUCAGUGACCGGACAGUGCAGAGGUUUUAUAAAUUCAACACUAGCCUUGUGGGGGAUUUGACGAACCUUGUGCACGGAAGCCACUGUUCUAAAUACCGCCUGGCGAGGAUCCCAGGAACCAAUGCGUUUGUCGGCAUUGUCAACGAGACUUGUGACUCUCUUGCUUUCUGUGCUUGUAGCAUGGUGGACCGUCUCUGUCUCAACUGCCACCGAAUGGAACAAAACGAAUGUGAAUGUCCUUGUGAGUGCCCCCUAGAGGUUAAUGAGUGCACUGGCAAUCUUACCAAUGCAGAGAACAGAAAUCCAAGCUGCGAGGUCCACCAGGAGCCAGUGACAUACACAGCUAUUGACCCUAGCCUGCAAGAUGCUCUGCACCAGUGUGUGAACAGCAGGUGCAAUCAGAGGAUGGAAAGUGGGGACUGUUUCGGUGUGCUGGACUGUGAAUGGUGCAUGGUGGACAGUGACAGAAAGACUCACCUGGACAAAUCCUACUGUGCACCCCAGAAGGAAUGUUUUGGGGGAAUUGUGGGAGCCAAAAGUCCCUACGUUGAUGACAUAGGAGUCAUAGGUGACGAGGUGAUCACACUAAACAUGAUUAAGAGUGCUCCCGUGGGUCCUGUGGCCGGAGGGAUCAUGGGCUGUAUCAUGGUGCUGGUCCUUGCCGUGUAUGCCUACCGCCACCAGAUUCAUCGCCGCAGCCACCAGCAUAUGUCUCCUCUCGCUGCUCAAGAAAUGUCAGUGCGUAUGUCCAACCUGGAGAAUGACAGAGAUGAAAGAGACGACGACAGCCACGAAGACAGGGGCAUCAUCAGCAACACGCGGUUCAUAGCCGCCGUCAUUGAACGCCAUGCACACAGUCCAGAAAGGCGACGGCGCUACUGGGGCCGCUCAGGAACUGAAAGUGAUCAUGGGUACAGCACCAUGAGCCCACAGGAAGAUAGCGAGAACCCUCCGUGCAACAAUGACCCCUUAUCAGCCGGGGUUGACGUUGGAAACCAUGACGAGGACUUGGACCUGGACACCCCUCCUCAGACUGCAGCCCUGUUGAGUCACAAGUUCCACCACUAUCGUUCACACCACCCCACCCUCCAUCACAGCCACCACCUGCAGGCAGCGGUGACAGUGCACACGGUGGAUGCAGAGUGCUAACAAUUCCCCCACCUCCGUGAGCAGAGGAGCCCUGCUGGGAGAUGCAGAAUGUUCCGAGAGGAAAUGAGCCAGUAUAAAAUUCAAAACAGGAGACCCUUCACAUCUGCGUUUGUCCGGUGGUUUAAUAGAUUUGUUGCCUGUUGGCAUGUUUAAAAACAGACACCACAAAGUCCCAUUCGUGAGCAUCUGAAGCUGGUUCUGAAAUGGAGGGGGAAAAGCCUGAUUAAUGGACCUGCCAUAGUGCUAAUGGAAUUGGAAUCCAAGGCGAACCUCCAAACAGAGACGCCACGUGUAAAUGAAGCUGAGCCAGAGGCAUGUUCCCAGGAGCCGGAAUCACUCAACUCCCUUAACUGGAAGAGAGGAACGUCUGCUGAAGCCGAAGCCGGGAAUGUGGCACACCAGACACCACCAGAUGCCACCACCUGCUAGACUGACACGCUCUGGCUUCCAAACGGUACCUGGUCACCACCAUAGCUGAAUGGAACUACCUUAAGCUCUAAAUGAUGCAUCUCAAAAUUUCUAAGUAAAGGAUUAUUUUUCUACUAUUUAUUGAACUUGCAAACAUUCUCAGACUUUAGGGGAAAGGACACAGGAGAAAUUCUCAGCAGUUAACCCUAGCUAUUGUGUGUGAUGACGUGGCUCUUUGAUUGAGAAGUUCUGUUUCUUAUUUAACUGAUGAUCUUCCCGCUGCCCCAUCCUCAAAAUGGGAAAAUGAAGAAGUCUUUCUCUAGCUUGUUUACAUUAUUUCAUGGAAACACACCUUUACCUGUGAUGUAAUGUUCUCUCUCUGGAGGAGCAGAGGGAUCCAAGAUGUCUCUUUAGAAUUCAUUUCCACUUCCCAUACAAUGCUUUUCUUAGGUUUCUACGAAAUCUAGUAUCACCGACCAGCCUUUCAGCUUCAGGAGACUUGAGUCUCCAUGUUUUAAGGACUAUAAAUUUUAAAAUGUCCCAUUUUAACUCCAAGAAUAUUGACCAAAUAAGGGAAGACAUUUUAUAAUUGUGAAAUUGUGGUUCUCAAAGAUUUCUUUGAAAUCAUAGUUAAAAGCUGCUGCCAGUUACCACCAAACUGCUUUGGAUUUAUACAGGGACUAACCAAAUCUGGCUACUUUGACAUGGGGCAUUGUAAUUUCCAAGUAGUGUUCUAAUUACAGUGAUGUAUUUUAGAUUCACAUUUUGUGAUUCAAAUAUGUUAUAAAGACAUUCAUUGCACCGUGUGUGUGGUAAAUCUCCGUUUAUAAGUAGUUGGAAAAAAUUCACUAAAUAAUGUUUUAAUGAUAGGCUAUCAUAUAAUGUAAAAAAAAAUUGGACCUUCAGCAGUACAGAAAGUAAACUAUAUAUGUGCUAUCUGGAAACCCCUUCAUACCGUGUAUAAAACUGCAGUCUAGUGAAAUAAAUUGUAUGCCAUGGACGGUUAUGCCACCGUCAUAUGUUAA